GAAAAGACUUCGCCGCCGGCCAAAGACGGACUUGAGUGCGUCCCAUCCCCGCAUCACUUCGAAAUUGUAUUCCAACAAACCAAGAGGCGGCGAAAGUCGAAUAUCUGCAUAUAACAAUUUAACGACAGUGUCUUUACUUACCUAACUUCCCGUUGCUCACCGCGUCAGUCCUUGAAAGUAUUUCUUACCGCUCUGUACAGACCCUGAAUCUUUCGUAUACCACAUCUCGAAAUGACGACCAACGGCACCAAAACCCCCCUCCGCAUAGUGGUAGGCAGCGACAACGCAGGCCACGCCUACAAGACUGCCCUGAAAGAAGUCCUGCACAAGCACGCCGGCGUCACACAUGUGUUGGAUGUAGGCGUUCUCGAGGCCGACGAUGCCACAGCAUACCCUCAUCUCGCAGUCGAUGCGUGCAAGAAGAUUAAAGCUGGAGAGGCUGACCGCGCCCUCCUCAUCUGUGGCACAGGACUCGGCGUCGCCAUCAGCGCCAACAAAGUCGAGGGUAUUCGAGCCGUGACCGCGCAUGACCCAUACAGCGUCGAAAGAUCCGUCUUGUCGAACAACGCCCAGGUGUUAUGUUUUGGACAGCGUGUAAUCGGUCUCGAGUUGGCCAAGAAGUUGGUGGACGAGUGGGUAGAACUCAGAUUCGACGAGAAGAGUUCGUCGGCGGAAAAGGUGGCGGAUAUAAGUAAAUAUGAGGAACAGUUCGGAGAGCUAUGAUAUAAGAGCAGCAGAUUGCAUCCCGGGGGGACUUUGACGGCAACGACUGCCUACCUUUACUGGAAGUCUGUCGGACGUCGGGAGCAAGACAUAUAACAUACAGCCAUUAAACACGAGGAGCACUUUCACGGCAAGCCUCGUCUCAACGAAAAUAACAUCGAUUUACAU